CAGUCCCUUGCCCACAUUAUUAUUCACUUGGCGAUUCAAAUGUCGAAACAACUUUUCUGAUGGUUUGCAGUGAUGCCAAAGUUCCUCGAUACCCUCGUUGAUCUGGCCAAGGGGGCAGGUGUGGCAGCCGACACCGCGGUCUGGCUAGGCCGAUAUGCCAAACGACAGUACAACAGCGGCAAGAAUGGAGUAUGUCUACUUUGCAAUAACCUGCAGCCUGAGGGCCACGAGAAUACCUUCAUUUGGACACCAUCCGGGGCCCAGCGAAAUACGAGGCCCGGUCAAAAUGCCCAGGCCGGGAGUGUGCUUGCUCUUUCGCUGGAGGAACUGUCGAGCAAAGAGCUUUUGAAAAGCCGUGAGAUCAAUAAGGCAACAGGCAUCCAGUUCAUGGAUUGCAAGUACUGCCGACUUCUGUGCGAGAUCUUCGACGCGUUCUACAUCGACGAGUGGAUGAGCUGGGUCACGGAGACCAAGAAUGCAAUGCCGGUCUCAUUUGGUCUGAUGAUCAGACAAGGCGCGCCGCUGAUCGUGACGACGACGGGAUUCAUACACGACAAGUAUUGGAAAGACGCUCGCUCGGACAUCGAAAUCUACCUCGACGCGGGUGCCAUUCCCAGCGCAUUCCCAUCAGCCCUGCCGCCUUCGAUACCCGGUCUGCCCGCCCUGGGCGCGGCAAAUGUAAGACAAACAGACACACGGUCCGAGGCUUGCUUGAAGUUCAUCAAAGAAAGCGUGCUGGAGUGUUAUACACACCACGGGGCGUGCAGAAACUCGUCUAAAUCGUUCGUGCCCACGCGCCUCUUGUACGUCGGCGGGGGCAACGCGGCCAUCAGGCUCUGCGAGACGACGACAUGGCAGGAGCAGCCUCCCUACGUUGCUUUGAGCCACUGCUGGGGCGGGAGUAAGCCAUUGUCCCUGAUCAAGGCACGGCUGCCAGAGUUCAAGCAGCACAUCAACCUUGCCGACCUCCCAAACACCUUCAAGGACGCCAUCACCGUGACGCAGCAACUGCAGCUUCCGUAUGUGUGGAUCGACUCGCUCUGCAUCAUCCAAGAUGACACUACAGACUGGGAACAGGAGGCAGCCAGGAUGGCAGACGUCUAUAGCAAAGCAUUCGUCGUCGUCACGGGUUCCUCAUCGCCCAACCCAGAGACGCCAUUUCUCGGGCCCAGAGAAGACGAGUGGCUGACCAAGUCAUUCAACUUCGCCGUCGCCCCAGGGUACAACAUCCCCGUUCGAGCCCGGAAGCGAGCCGUCCUAGCCGCACCGCUCGACCAAGGCCUCCUCGAGCCCCCCUUCACCUCAUCCUGGGGAACCCUCAAGCGCGUCGGCCCGCUAUACAACCGUGGGUGGUGUUUCCAAGAAGCCUACCUUGCGACCCGAAACCUGCACUUCACCCCAGGCUCCCUGAUCUUCGAGUGCAAGACCCACCGCCGCGGCGAGGACCAGCUCCCACCAUACCCGUCCACAGCCCCAGGGACGCUGGGCCGCUCCGACCCAGCGGACGAGUGGCGCAUGCUCGUCAAGUCGUUCACCUCGCGCCAGCUCACCUUCGGCGGGGACAAGCUACCAGCCAUUGGCGGCGCGGCAGUGACGAUGCCGCAGGCGCACGGCGGUGGUCGGUACCUCGCCGGUCUGUGGGCGGAUACCCUGCUUCUCGACCUGAUGUGGCAGGUGAUGCCGUGGAUGGUGCUGUCCGGCCAGGAAAGCGAGUCACUGGCCUACGACGACGCGGCCGGGGGCCCGCCGACGUGGUCGUGGGCCUCGAUGAAGUGGGGCGUGGUAUGGUCGCCGCUCAAGCACCCGCAGCCCGUUGCGCGGGUCCUGGAGGCGAGGGCCACGGUCGAGGGCGCAAAUCCAUACGGCAAGGUAUCGGGGGGCGUGAUCAAGCUCCAGGGGCGGUUGAGGCGGUGCCGGCUGAAGUUUGACUAUAGGAUGCGACAUGAUGCUUAUUACAUACUGGAUGAUGGGACGACGAGCAAGAUGCAGCAUUAUCGGACUGAUGGCCCUCUGUCGCGCGAGGCUGUGGCGGGCCCAUAUGGCGUCAACGCUCGGAGGGCUCGGGAUGGUCCUUAUGGCUUGGAUACCGACAAGGACACCGUGGAUGCGGCUGUGUUUUUCCUUGCCUGUUGCCCUUUCGUCGGUCAUAUUGGCAGACAGUAUGUCGGGCUUGUGUUAGGGACAUCUCCGCGCGCGGCUGGAUGUAUGGAACGGGUUGGUGCGAUUUUCAACCUGCCUAAAAGUUGGUAUGACUCUGGCGAAGAGGCUGUGGUCACUAUCGUAUGAAAGACGUCAUUAUAUAUACGGAAGACUUAGACUCUGAUAUUUUACUUCUACUUCAUGCAAUCAUGGAGAGAUGAUAGUGGCCCACCAUAGUUAACGAACUCCUCAUGGGGGGACUCUCACGUCAUCUGUCAUCUAAUGCCCAUUUGGAUGCUUGCCCAGGUGUUGAGAUUUUGUUCAAUUGGUGGUAGUAAGUCAAAAUCAAUGUUGUAUCGAUACAUGAUACUAUUGAAAUACAUGGAGACUCACAAUGAAAGCCCUGGAGAGCAACAUUGAAGCAUGUCCAAUAAGGAAAGGGCAAGGUUGCCAAGGUGGUCGAUUGCUCCACGGCGAAA